AUGGACUCCCUAAACCCCUCCCUCAGCGCCUCCGAUCCCAAAGCUGCCCUCAUGAGACAAGUCCAGCAAGAGGCCGCCAUCAAUAACGCACGCCAACUCAUAUCCAAAAUGAACAGCCACUGCUUUGAAAAGUGCAUCCCGACGCCCGGCAGCUCAUUAUCAUCGAGGGAAGAAAAAUGCUUCACGACGUGCAUGGAGAAAUAUAUGGCGGCGUGGAAUACAGUCAGCAGGCAGUACAUUGGGCGGAUACAGAAAACGGCAGGUGGGGGAGCAGGAAGUGGCGGGGACAUGGGGGAGUUUGGGAUAUGA